GCCCAAGUUCCCUGUCAGCUUGUGGUUGACCACUGGAAUUGACUGGUUGGCUGGCGUCUGUCUCGUGCUUUUCAACCUUUCACCCUUUCUUACAUCUCCCUUCCCCCUCUCAUCGACCACAACCUUCUCGACUUCUCCUUCGAACACUGCUUUCCUUUCCAGACGUUCUCCUACGUCGUACGGAAUAUACCACGAACCUACCCUGCAUCCGAUCUGCCGACUGUAUUCUUUGCCACUGGGCUGCUGCGGCCUGCGCGCUACUCGAACCCCAGGCUCCCGUGCUAUUUUGGGAUCAUCGUCAUCCCCAGCCCCGGGUUUCCCUGCGCGUCAGCGGCGGUGACGAGACUGUUACCGGCCAGCGACUUUGCUUUAUCACUGAACCCUCGAUUAUAUUCUACCGCCGGAUUUUAAUCAUACCGUGCCCAAGAUGGUUACUGGGAAGCCGGGUGAACCGUUCCAGUCGCUUCCGCCGACAGCGCCUCAGCGCGAAACCUCCCCCGCCUCUCCGCCGUCGAGACGAGACCUUACAACAUGGUGGAGGCAGUUCAAGAGAAACUCUAGAAAGGAGGAGCCGAAAGAGAAAGCCCAGCAGGGCAUUUUUGGUAUCCCACUCAAGGUUAGCAUCAAGUAUGCCAACGUCGCUAUCUCUCUCACAAACGACAAUGGCGAGAGUUUUAUCUAUGGCUACGUGCCUAUAGUGGUUGCAAAGUGUGGAGUGUUCUUGAAGGAGAAAGCGACCGAUGUCGAGGGAAUUUUUCGUCUAAACGGGUCUGCGAAGCGGAUUAAGGAUCUACAGGAGAUUUUCGACUCCCCGGAGCGAUAUGGCAAAGGCCUGGAUUGGACUGGAUAUACUGUGCAUGAUGCUGCCAAUGUUCUUCGACGAUACCUUAACCAGUUGCCCGAACCAAUCGUCCCGUUAGAGUUCUACGAGCGAUUCAGAGAGCCUUUGCGCAAAUUUCAAUUGCAGGCACAGGAGAAAGGACCUUCACCUGAAUCGGAGGCCGCCGAGCAUGCCAAAGCCGUUGCGGCUUACCAGCAGCUGAUCAGGGAGCUUCCGCCACUUAACAAGCAGCUACUGCUUUACAUUCUCGAUCUCCUGGCUGUCUUUGCCUCUAAAUCUGAUCAAAACCGGAUGAACUCUGCGAAUCUGUCUGCCAUCUUUCAGCCGGGAUUACUCUCUCAUCCACAGCACGAUAUGUCGCCAGACGAAUAUAAGCUGAGCCAAGACGUGUUGAUCUUCCUCAUCGAAAACCAGGACCAUUUCCUUGUCGGUAUGAAUGGGACAGCCGCCGAUGAGCAAACAGUCAAAGAAGUCGAGUCUGGCAACGCCCGCCCGCCGACGUCCCAAUCAAACAUCCGUCGCUCUGUAUCCAGUGCAAGUGGGGGAGCUGAUAGCUUUAAAAAGUACGAAUCGUUGCGAAGAAACGUUUCCGUAUCCUCGAGAACCUCACGCGCGUCCAACAAUGUUUCCAAUCCCGCAACCCCUACUUCCCUAGGCGCGGUUGGGGUGCACAGGAGCAACACAUUACCAUCCAAAAUGUCGCCUGCGAUGCGACACAGCCGAGUCGUCGAGUCUACGAACUCCCCCGGAACACCCGCCCAUCCGUCUCGAUCGUCAAGUCGCACACCCCCAUCUACGGGGACCGGCUUGCAACCUCCGCCAGCCCCUGCAAAUGUUCAGACCACACCUGGAACCGCAUAUGUACACUCAGCCACCCAUGGGCCAAUGCCAAAACCACAGCCAGAAACUGAACAGGUGCACGAGAAACCGGAGCAUCUGAAUUUGCCACCACCUACAGCGUCGCUGUCUCCUGCUGUCGUUACACCAACAAAAGAGCGUAAACUCUCAAGUUUCUUCACGAAAUCUCCACCGCCAGGCGGGGAAUCAAAAGAUGCACGGCAACCCAACAGAUUGAAGAAGAAGCGGAUACCUGGAAGUGCAAACGAAAGCGCGCAAAGCUCUGCUAUCUCACUUCAAGCCGCAACAUCCGAGUCUGCUUUACUCGCGUCGCAGGUGCCGCCGCGGUCAGAUUCCUCACAAGAUGACGGAGGUGCCACUCCCAAACCAUCUAACACUGCUACCCCCGAUGAUGCAGAUUCUCAGCGGGUGGGGAGGCCUGAAAAGAGGAUUAGCCAGGCAGAAACCGGGCAGCCAAUUGGGGAUGCCCUACGCCCGCACGGCUCACGGACGCCCUCUAUGAAUUCGCGCUCGUCGUUCACUGACUAUUCUGACGUUGACCACACUGACGAGGCGACUCGUAAAGAGCACCGCCGAAGUUGGCGGUUCCACCGGACGACCAAGCGAAGCAACGAGCAAAUCGGUCUCGGUUUGGGGUCGCCUCCUCUCACCGCUUCUAGCCCUGGAGCGGACCGCAGUACGAGCUCGAUUAGUAGCUGGCAUCAGUCGAGCAAAAGCUCUCCCUCUGACCUUCAACAGUUCGCAAACGACCCGUCUUAUCAGCCACUGAGCUUGGAUGCCGAAGUUCACAAUAAUGGUAUUGUCAAGGAGGCGCCGCCCGCAGAGCCGGAGAAACGAAGCCUCUUUGGGAAGUUUAAGGCCAAGGUUGCGCAAGUUCGAGACGGCGUGCGAGAGUCAUCAGAAAGGGACCGAACGCGAAGCCCUGUGAAUUCUGAUGAUGCUGCCUCGAGUCAGAAUCUGUCGCUUACCGGCAGGGACAAUAGCAGCCCUCGGCCGGCACCAAUUGACGUGACGCGCGAUAUGAGGGAGGCACAGGCAGCCACUCCAGUCUCCCCUCUACCCAAUUCCGGGUUACCUCCGGCUAUCCCUGAAGAGCCCUACACGCCCGACAGUUCUAUCUUACCGGUCAAACCUGUCGAACAGGUAAAAGAAAAGCUAGAUGACAAGGUUGAGGAGAAACCCAAGAACAAAUCCGAUACAAAGGCAGUCGAGGACGCCGCCGCUAAAGAGCUGACUCCGCCCGCCUCUGAAGCACCGACGGUCAAUGCGAAACAGGAAACUGAAUCAUCGGAGCCAAUGCCUACCACGCAAUGGCUUGAUCUGCAAACUCUUUCUUCUUUGUCAUUAUCUACGGAUUUUGGUUUUCCGGCAGCCGGUUUCCUUCGUAUUUCCUUGGACGAGGCGUGGGAUAAUAACGUGCUCCGCUGGUGGGUAGCGUGUGUCCAAGGCAACCUCGCAGCAGAAGCUGAUCCAAAAACCACACUAUCUCGGCGCGAAGCGCCUCAAUAUUGCACCCCUUUUUUGACUUCCGCAUCUGCGAGCAAUCAAGCUCGAUCAACCGCAAUGGCGACCUCCGCAGCUUCUCCGAUCCCCAGCUCACAUUCAACAUCCACCACAACCCCCAACCCGAACCCAAAGCCUCAGCCUUCACAACCCCCGGUCUCAAUUCUCUCCACACCAUUUGCGGGUGUUUACGCUCUGGCCCACCCAGCUCUCCUCCUUUCCCUCGUCGCCUACCGAUUCAGCUCUGUCAUCGAGAACCCCGUUGCUGAGCUCUUAGGCAACAUACCCUACCUCGUCGGACUCCAAGUUGUCUACGUCAUGGGCUGUCUCCCGCCCGCCGGGAGCGAAAAAGAUACCUCUGGAGCCGGUAACAAUGAGGAGACUAAGGCCUUGAGGAAAGUCGCUAGCACGGGUGCGCUCCGUCGCCGCGGCAAAUCUUCGCCUGGUACAACAAGCUGGUCCUCCGGAUUAGUCCUCGUUGCGUGGAAGUUAACCCCCGCCCUGCUCUCCCUAACGCUCACAGCUCUCCUCGCAACUCCUGUCCUUGCAUUCUUGCUUGUCCUCUUCGGUGCCCCGCUAACGACCCACCACGCGCUGACCUUCCUCUGCGCGGCACAUAUGGCCGUCCUCUCAACUUUCCCGCUUAUCUACACACACGGCGUUGAUGGCCCCGUGUGGAGAGAGAUCUGGGGAGCGGCGAGACCAUUUGAUACUGUGUGGGGUGGCGCUCUGGGAACUUGUUUGGGUGCCUGGCUUGGGGCAGUGCCGAUUCCGUUGGAUUGGGAUCGUCCGUGGCAGGCGUAUCCGAUUACCAUUUUAACAGGGGCGUAUGCGGGGUUUGCGCUCGGGAUGCUUGUGGGGAGGGUCAAAGAUUUUUAUACCGAUGAUCAUGAAAAUGAAUGUAUUCUAGCAACCAGGCUAUGCCAAUGCAAGUAG